AAUUACAAAAGCCCCCCCACCUCCAAAACAAGGAUGCAGAGUAGAGAGAGGAGGGACGCAUCCAAAAGCCAUUUCUAGAGCGAGAAAAAUCGUGGCUUAGAGAGAGAAAUCGGCCCUUCUCUCUCUCUCUACCGGUAACUGCUCAAUGGAGCUUCCAUGGCAGAUCUCGAAACCCUAGCUUCUCGCGUUCUUGGAUAGGUAUCCGCAAUUGCUCGCGGGAUAACCCUGCCUGGCUCGAAUCGGAAUCAGUUCGCCGUCAACCGGAGCUCCGUCUCGGCCUGUCUCCUGUGUUGAGCUUCUGGCUUCGUUUUGUUCGAUUCUGGAGAUCUCUGGAUAAUUGGAGCCAGCUUCGUGGAAGGUUCUCUGCUCUAGCUGCGGGCAUUGGCGUUUCCAGAUCGUUCGGGGACGAGGACGUGUUAGUUUCCGCGAUUCAUUGCGUUUCUGCGCGAGCUUCAAGGGGAGGAGAUAUCCGAUAGCGUCGGUUCGAUUAGCUCUCUUCUAGGUCUGUACGCGUGCUCGCUGUUUAGCAUUGUCGAGGUGGAGCUGCGUCACGAGGGUUCGAGAUUCCGUGGUGGUUUCCGUGGGGUAUGGUCAUGGUGUUGUAGUCGCUUCGCUGUUCGAAGGAGAUAAUAAAUAUGGACGAUAGGGGAGGGUCUUUUGUCGCCGUCAGAAGGAUUUCUCAAGGCAUCGAGAGGGGCAAUCAAUGCCAUUCAACUUCAGCUGAAGUUGUGGCAGGCUCGGCAGCAUGGAUUGGUCGAGGUCUUUCUUGCGUUUGUGCACAGAGACGAGAGAGCGAUGCCCGUCCCUCAUUUGAUUUAACUCCUGCCCAGGAGGAAAGCUUGCAGAGGCUUCAAAGCCGCAUAGAUGUUGCCUAUGAAAGUUCUAUUCUGGAACACCAGGAAGCUCUAAGGGCACUGUGGCAUGCUGCCUUUCCAGAAGAGGAACUUGGUGGUUUAAUAUCUGAACAAUGGAAGGAAAUGGGUUGGCAAGGGAAGGACCCAUCCACUGAUUUUAGGGGCGGUGGUUUUAUAUCAUUGGAAAACUUGCUGUUCUUUGCUAGGAAUUUUCCGAAAUCCUUUCAAGAUCUUCUGAGGAAACGGGAAGGUGAUCGGUCAUUGUGGGAAUACCCUUUUGCUGUAGCUGGCGUGAACAUCACAUUCAUGCUUAUCCAAAUGCUUGAUCUUGAAGCAGUUAAGCCACGGACGUUUGUUGGAGCUACUUUCUUGAAGUUCCUUUCCGAAAAUGAAUCAGCGUUUGAUCUUCUAUACUGCAUCACGUUCAAGCUGAUGGACAAUCAGUGGCUUGCCAUGCGUGCAUCAUAUAUGGAUUUUAAUGCUGUGAUGAAAUCUACCCGCCGUCAAAUGGAAAGAGAGCUGCUGCUUGAAGAUGUAAUGCGUCUUGAGGACUUGCCCUCGUAUGGCCUUCUUGCUCGCUAGUGUGGCUCUGUAAGUCCAAAAAGUGGUCGAUGUAGAAGCAGGUUUCGUAGAGUGAACAACGAGGUUACCUUUUUUUAGUCUCUCUCUCUAGAUCAUGUUUGUACGUCACGCUACGCUCAUAAAAUGGCUUUACAUUUACAGUUCUGAGUGUUAUCCUUGAUUCUUUUGGAGAAUUCGAACCUGGUUUCCGAAGUCUGUAACUUAGAGUGGCCCUUAAUGUGUGAUU